AUGGUUGCCGCACGCGCCGAAGAGAGGCGGGUGUGUUCUCCGCCGUCGUCGGCCGAGUCCUCCUCCAGCCUCUCGGCUUUCUCCGAGGGACGAGGUCGCCGCCGUCCGCGGGAAAAAGCGCCGGCGACCGCCGCGCUGGACCGCUUCGGCCUCUUCUCUCAAACACAGUCGCCGUGGACGACCCUCGCCGCGCCGGCCUUCUGCACCACCGGCUCCGUCUCCCGGUACGAGCAGCUCGUCGCAGCGAUCAAAGAGAAACACAAAGGCAGGAAAACCAAGGAGAAACGCAGAAUCUCAGAAGGUCUGCUUCUGUUUCUCGCGGCGGUGACGCACGGAGGAACGGCGGCUCUGAGUCGCCUAUUGCUGGCGCCCCUCGACCAAGAGAAAAUCAUCAGGCAGCUUUCGCUAGCGCGUCUUCCUUCCCUUUCGCCUUCUUCCUCUCCCUGGUCUCCUUCUCCUCAGGGCUCCGCUGUCUGCGCUUCGCCUUUUCUCGUCUCGGAGUCUGCUUCUCCGUCUUCUUCGGCCCCUGUGAGGGCCCGUCGCCCGCAGUCUUCUUCUGCUCUUUCUUCUGGGCCUCCUUCGUCCGCUUCGCCGCCCUCUUCCUCCGUUUCUUUUUCUGCCGCAAGGGCGCGUGCCUCUGCGGCUUCGUCUGCACCUAACUCCUCCGUAAAGCCUCCCUCCGCGCCCGCUGGUGCGUCUAUUCGUCCGUCUCCAUCAGCAAACUCAGCUGCGGCCUUUCCUACCUCUGGGCUUCCUUCGGCGUCCUCGCUUCCGCCCUCCCGCUGGCUCACCGUCUCCUCCUUCUGGCUCGGCUGCAGUGCGCCGAUAUGCGCAGCGAUAGGCGGGUCGUGGAUUCGCCUCGCGCUUUACCAGAGAACGCGACUCUUCUUCACCGACGGCGAGGAGACCUACUCGAACGCUGAGCGGUUUUUUCGAAACAUGGGAUGCAUCUGUUUCAGCGCCUUCGUCGCCCUCGCUGUCUGCUACCCCCUCGACGUGGCGCACACAGCUAUGUGCGUCAUCGCGGCCUCCGCUCGCCAGUCGGGUCGCGUCAUUUCCUCGCUGGACGCGUUCUCUGCGUUUUCCGCCACGUCGGCGCCCCAAGGCGCCCGGCGCGAGGCGAGCGUUUCUUUCCUCUCGCGCCGCUUCGCCAGCGCGAAGAAGCGCCUCGGCGCGCAGCUGACGGGUACCGUCACGACAGGCAGCGCCCGCGCGGAGACUGUCGACGGAGAGGCGAGACAGAGACACGCAUCCGCACGCGCCGUGAGUCCUUCUCACAUCGUCUGGAGGCUCUACAAACAGGGAGGCGUCCGCGCGCUCUACUGCGGCUUCGGGUUGUGUGCGCUGACGCUUGUGCCCUUCACGCUGGCUAGUGCCUUUCUUCAGUUGAAAUUCCAGUCUCUGCUCCUCUCGCUCCAACAGCAAGAGGGCGCGGUCGCCGCGCACUGGCCUCGCCUCUUCGCGUCGAGAAACGGGGAUUUGCCGCUGGCCUGCGACGCGCCGAAGGGCGACGGCCGCGGCGCCGACGAGGAAGAAGAGGACGCCCGCGGUCUAUCGAGAGAAAAGGAGCGCAGUCCUGUCGCCGACGAGACAGCGACCGCUGGAGACCAAGGCGCAGCGCCGCGGCGCCGAAAGACUGGUGGAAAGAGACAAGCAGUGAGAGGCGACGCAGAUGAAACAAAUCGCGCGGGAGAGAGCGCUAGUGAAGACGGGCGAGAAACUACCUAUCCCAGAGGCCGCGGCGGCAGCGCUUUUCGCCAGGCGCGAGGAGAGAUCGCGCACAGUCCGCAGACAGACAGUUUCGAGCGAAAGAGGCACGAGGAGCGCGAGGAGACUCUGGGAUCUUCGCGAUGGAAGGCCGCGGCGACGGCGGCCUUCGCUGCUGGCCUCGUCGCUCAGCUCGCCACAUACCCGCUCGACUCGAUCAGGCGGAGACAGCAAUUUGCCACGAUUUCCAGCUUGCUUUUUCCUCACGGGGUCGCAGCGCCCUCGCGCGUGCAGCCCCCCGCCUCUCCGAUGUCCGUACACCCGCCGAAGCCAGUUUCCGGCUUCCGUCGCUUUUUCGUCGUUCCUUCUUCGCGAGCGUGGUUUUCGAAGCCCCACGGAGGGUUGUUCCGCGGCGCCGGCGUCCUGCUUGUUCGCUCUGUGCCUGAGUGCGCGAUCGCCGUUUCCGUCUAUUCUUUCCUCAUGAGCAAAAUGCCUUCUCUGGCGUACCACUGA